AUGUGUUUUUCGUUCUCCAUCUUCUCCCUCCUGACCUCCAGACCCCCCGCCGAUCUCGAACGCGGCAUCUCGCCCCCAAGCUCGCCUGAUCUGGAACCUACCGUUUACACUCCGAUAAACCGAGACUUCGAUCCGUUCGAGAACACCGACGUUGAUUUCAUCUCCCGCACCCCUUUGCACGACGCGCCGGUGCUGCAUUCCGGUCUUCCCAGGGGAGUGCGAUCAAGGACCCUUUUGGAUCACAGGAGGAGGAUGAGACUCAAGGAGCAGAGGCGGAACGGUCAGCCGGAGUGGCAGGGAGGAGGUUCCGACGUCAAGGGCAAAGGCAAGGCCAAUGCCGCCAAUUUUGGGAUACCGCGCAUCGAGAUCACCAUGUACGACAACGUCAUGGCCGAGAGUUCGAAAGCCGCCGAGAACCGUCUCAUCACCACCCUCGAGGACAUCUUCGAGAACAAGUUUCACGUUUCCGACCGCCCGAACAUCGAAAACGCGCAGCCGGAGUCUUCCAACAGGUCCGAAACCCUCAAAGCUUUGCAUGUCGACCACAUCGAGAAUCCGCAGCAAGAGUCAUCCAACAAGUCAACCACCGCGAAGGAGAACGUCUACCCCGACACCGACACCGGCUUCAUCUCCACGCGCUCCUACCCCUGA